AUGGCCCAUGUACUGAAUGAUGCUGUGGAAGUUCCUCGCCCGUCUCCAAGUGCUCUCUCAUUCAAGUGCGAGGAGGAUGUAUUGCCCGAAGCGCCGCAUUCUUCUGCCUCGUCUUAUCCAGGGGCGGCGUUUUCAGGAUCUAGUACCGGAGCGAUCGCUGCAACACCACCAUGGCAAACAUUGAUGGCGGCACAGCAUGACGAAAUCAUGAAGACAUUGCUGCGGCAAGAGGUUUUGCUUCAAGUCGUGGCUUCCAAAGCCUCCAAGCCUGGCUUCCCUAUUUAUGGGCAAGGAAAUGCUGAAUGGGUCGGACGGGUGCUGUCCAACGAGUCACCGAAAGCUCCCUCGGCAAGGACCUCUAGAUCAAAAGGGGCUAGCUCGGAUGGCGAGGAUGCGACCCACUUCCCCAGCAGCAGCAGCUUGUACCCCCACCAGUCUAGCUCGCCCUCGCCCUAUGUGGACAUCGAGGAAACGCCCAAGCAAAAGAAGCCAAAGUUCUUUCAGAGCUUCUCGGGCUUCGACAUGGGACUGCGCCAAGCGGCCGCCGAGGCAGACGGCACGCGACACCGCAGGAAAUUUGCAUCCAUCAAACUUGCGGGCAAAGACAGUGAAGCCAGUCACACCAGUGUUAGCCGCUAUCGCAGAUGGCUGGCUGCACUGGUUUCCAGCAAUGCCUUCGACAUAUUCUUUGGGAUCGUUGUGCUGGUCAACGCCGUCUUCAUUGGCUGGGAGACACGGGAAGCCAUCGCAGAUCCAAAUACCCCAUCCACGGUCGUUCUUGUCUCACACUUUGUGUUUCUAGCACUCUUCUCCACAGAGCUCCUCAUGCGUCUCUGUGCUUUUGGCCUUUCGAUCUAUUGCGACGGAGAUGCGUGUUGGUGUAUCUUAGACAGCUUCAUCGUCAUCACUUCACUUUUCCAGCUAGUCGACGAUGUGAUAUUUCUCGCUGGCGCAGAGCCGGAGGACAACGGAGCAGGUCCUGUACAGAUCAUCAAAGCUUUCAGACUACUUCGAGUGGCCCGGAUUGCGAAGGCUGUGCGUUUGAUGAAGAUCUUUCGCUUCGUGACAGCACUCAGAACUCUUGUGACCUCCAUUUUUCACACAUUGAAGUCACUGUUUUGGGCCCUCAUGCUUCUCUUUCUGAUUGUGUACGUCUUCGGGAUUCUUUUCUCUCUGGCCGUCAAUGAUCACAUCAAUGCUGGUGGCGAUCUGGUGUUGAACGGUCAAGACAUGGAG